GUUUUCUCCAGCAGCCAUCUGUCUGCCCAGUGUAGAGCUGAGAGGGGUUGCUCUCAUUGAAGUGAAGAGGGACUUCAGAAACUCUUGGAGGACAGUGGACGUUGAUAAAAAUGCUUCUUUAUUGUUAAAACCAACACAUUCUGGCCCUUAACUGUCAUCAGGGUUGCUCUCACUCACAUAAGAGCUGAUGGAUGGGAUGCUAGGAGUGGAUGUGUUUCUUUACCCUGAUGGACUGAGAAUUGCUACACCAGAGGAUAUUAGGCAAUGGGAGCUGGAGACCGCCAGCCAGGUGUCCAGCCAGGUGUCUCAGGAACCCCCCGUCCGACUCUUUGUGGCUCUUUUCCCAUACAACCCUGCUGCGAUGUCCCCAAACCCUGAGACCGCUGCGGAGGAGCUCCCUUUUGUGCCAGGACAGAUCAUCAAGGUGUUUGGAGAUAAAGACGAUGAUGGUUUCUACCACGGGGAGUCUGGUGGUCUGUCUGGUGUCGUGCCUAGUAACAUGGUAUCUGAGAUCCCAGUGGAUGAUGACUACCUCAAGCAUCAGCUCAUGCAGCAGGGUUUCCUGCCUGUCGACCACACAGAUCCCAGUGAGGAGUCCAGCGUGCUAGAUGACUUGGUCGUCCGCAGGAUGGUGGCCAUCUUUGAGUAUGACCCUUGGGAAAGUUCCCCCAACAUGGACAGCGACGCUGAGCUCGCCUUCCGUGCAGGGGACAUAAUAUAUGUGUUUGGUGAUAUGGAUGAAGAUGGAUUCUAUUAUGGGGACCUUCAUGGGCUGAGAGGUCUAGUGCCAUCCAACUACCUGGAACCACUACCAUGGGAAUAGGAUUAACAAGGAGCAUCCGAUACAUGAGAUUAUGCCAAGAAUCAGAAUCAGAUACAAUGAACAAAAAAACUUUUUCAAGGAUAUCUGAAGGGAUAUUAGUGUGUCAAAGAUCAAGAUUUUGUCAUGUUUUUUCUUCUGCAUAAGUACAUGUGACCACAGAAAUCUCCUCAAGGAUUUGUAAUGAUCAUGGAAUAGGGUUUUUAUGAACCGUGUGUAGGCCAUCACGCACAGUGACGCAGUAGACAGAUUUUGCUCUGUCCAAAUAAAUCCUAUGAACUACAAACCUUUUGUUGGACAUUUUAAGGUGCAGUAAGAUUGGCCAAAAUAAUGACAUCAUGGUUAUCGUAUUACAUAAUGCUUUGUCAGCAGCUAGGGUAUUGUAGCCUUAAAAAAUGAUUUUUAUUCUCACUUUGCUGAUGGGGAUCUAUGUUGUAGUUAUGCCUAUAUUUGCCUUACUACAUCUUUCGGUUUAGGAAAUAUCUUUCUUGUUAGAGAUAUUAUUUUCUUCCUUAGUAGUAUGCACCAUUUUUUUUAUUUUAAUUUUGGUAAAUACCAACUGAGAUUCUGAUGGGAACAUUGAGCACGUUGAAUGAAGAUAUCUAUGCAGAAUUUAGCAGUACUAUUAAACUGUUCAUUUUCUGAAAAUCUGUUUCGUACACUUGUUCCUCAUGUUAGUGGGUUUAGAAUUAUACAACGCAGGAUCUUCAUCAAAACCAGAUGCUGAACACUGAAACAAUUGUAACUGUACAACCACUUUUACUA